AUGGAUGUUAACGUAACUUCGAGCCAUUAUGUUUGCGAUUUAUCAUCCUUCCAUUCGAAUUAUUUUCAAUUACAUGGGUGGAUCUCCCUUUUCGUUUGUAUUUUUGGUUCGGUUGCAAACGUUCUGAAUAUUCUCGUCCUAACGCGACGAGAAAUGCGAUCACCGACGAAUUUAAUUUUAACGGGAUUGGCCCUGGCUGAUUUACUUGUAAUGAUCGAUUACAUCCCUUAUUCCUUUCAUCUUUACUUGUACCGUCGAUCAAGACAAGACACCUUCACUUAUGGAUGGGCACUUUUCGUGCUAUUUCAUUCGCACUUCGCACAGGUAUGUCACACGAUUUCGAUCUGUUUAACGUUGAUACUGGCUGUGUGGAGAUACGUAGCGGUAGCGAGACCGCAGAAGAACAGAGAGUGGUGCAGUUACAGAAGAACUAUUUUUGCGAUUCUGAUUGCGUACAUUUUCUGUCCCGUGCUUUGUGUACCGUUGUACAUUACGACGGAAGUAAGAGCGCACGUGGAGAUCCUAGAUUCCCAUGGGAUGAGCAUUCGAAACGACACUCAGCUCGGUAACACAAGAAACACGACGCUCUACUUCGUUCGACUGACGGAAACUGUGGAGAAUCACGACAUAUUGAAAGAAUUGAAUUUUUGGAUCUACAGCAUCGUGAUAAAACUUUUUCCCUGCCUCGUAUUGACUGUCGUCAGUUUGAAACUCGUUCAAGUGCUAUUAGAAGCGAAACGAAGACGACGGAAGUUGACAAAUAUUCAAGAAAAAAAUUUGGAGAGAAGUAAAAGUUCGAGAAGAGUGGACAGAGAGAGGCAAACUGAUAGAACUACCAUGAUGUUACUCGUGGUUUUGCUUCUUUUUCUAUUGACAGAAUUGCCGCAGGGAAUUCUGGGACUUCUAAGUGUACUGCUAGGACCAGGUUUUUUUCGGACUUGUUACCUCAUGUUGGGUGAUGUUAUCGAUAUGUUGACCCUUGUAAAUUCUGCUAUAAAUUUCAUUCUUUAUUGCACAAUGAGCAGACAGUUCAGAAAAACGUUCAACGAACUUUUUUGCAGCAGUUGGAAAAUCCCGAGGAACACUGGUAAACAAAUUUUUAUAGAACACCAUGGAAAUACGGGUACAAAUAAUACGGUGACACAAGUGACACAGGUGUAGCUAGAA